GAAUGCGGAACAGGACUGACAAGACCCUCUCUUCUCGCACGCAGCAUGAAUUCCUCAAGAAGUCAUGCGCGCUUUCGAGUCUCGCGCCGUUGCUGCGCUUCCGCAACCGCGAGAGAUCAUGAGGACUCUGAUCACACAGAGCAUCGAAAGGAUGCAAUGACAGCAGCACCAGCACCAACACCGCCUAAACCCCAUGCGAACGGGAUACCUCAUCACCUAUCUAUCAAUCUCUGCCGUCGGAUCUCAUCAACUCUCCACCAAUCCUCCACUUCACUCUUCCUUACACUGUCCUCCCUGCUUCGAAUCUCACGAUAUUACCACAAGCAAGGAGGACAUUCCUCCAAAAGUGACAUUACGAACAUAUUUCAAGCGGUGUAGGCACGCGACGUUCCUCUUCCAUGAUGUGUUCCAUCCCCCCUUUGUAUUUUUGUUGCUAUCAUGCGGCCAACGAUGUUCGAGGGAAUAGUCACAUCAAAAGUACGCCAUGCACGCUGGGAAUCUUCUUUUGAAACAAAACGAA